GACGUAUGGUCGCUGGCAGUGUUGAGAGGCUGGUGAGGGUCGGGAACACAACACCCAAGUGGAUGUGUGGCAGAGAGGAGGAGGAGGAAGGGAAGAGAGAGAGGGAGGUUCAUGUACAGAAGAGGAGUGAGCCAUGGCGGUGCGAUGGAGUAGUGAGAAUGUUGUCGCCGAGCACAGAGAUCUCCAGGCCAAUGCUAUGGCACUGGACUGGCGUGGUGAAUACACUCUUCUAGCAGGACGCCGGAAUCUUGCACUUAUAUCCCUGGACAAACCAUCCGAAGUUGUCAAGAGAGUUAGCAGGACUCGGCAAAAAUAUGAUGUGACAGCUGCAGAGUGGAAUCCAAUUCAGUCCCAGGGACACACUUUUGUUCUUGCGUCAGGUGAACGAGCAGAAAUAUGUCAGUGGACGGAAGGAAGUCUGAAUGGGACUACUUCUCUCCGAGCUCACACACGGACCAUCACAGAUCUAAAUUGGCACCGAUUUGACCCCCAUAUUUUAGCAACUUGUUCCAUCGACACUUUUGUUCACAUAUGGGACACCAGAGAAACUCGCAAGCCAGUUGCUUCGCUUUCAGCUAUUGCUGGGGCAUCUCAAGUAAAAUGGAACAAGCUCAACCGUAACUUCUUAGCAUCUGGCCACGACUGCAAUAUCAGAGUGUGGGAUAACCGCAAAACUAGCCAACCAGCUCAAUACAUUGCUGCUCACUUGUCAAAAAUUCAAGGCCUAGACUGGUCACCAAAUCAUGAAAAUCACUUGGUUACUUCCUCUAAUGACUGUACUGUGAAGUUCUUUGAUGUCACUAACCCACGGAAAGCUGAGAAUUUCAUCAACACCCCAUCCCCUGUGUGGCGUGCACGCUACACGCCCUUUGGUGAAGGUGUUGUUACAGUGGUGGUACCACAGCUGCGACGUGGUGAAAACUCUCUCUUGCUGUGGUCAGUGACAGAGAUGAGCUCACCUGUACAUACCUUUGUAGGUCAUUCUGAUGUAGUGUUGGAGUUUGAGUGGCGUCAAAACACACACAAUCCUGGAGAACACCAGUUGGUGACCUGGGCACGUGACCACAGUCUUCGUAUUUGGAAAAUUGAUCAACAGUUACAAAGGCUGUGUGGUCAUGAUGCAGAUGAUGAUGCUGCUUUUGUUGAAAGCACAGACAGUGAAUUUGCUAAUGAAGCUGCACCUGCUCAGGGAGAAGCACAGUGUGAUGUGGAGAGAUUUAUAGAAAAGGAUGUGAAGGAUGCUGAAGAAAAUAUAAUGGACUUGGAGGAGGACACUGAGCUAAAGUGCACACCGAAAUCUGCAGAAAACACACAAGACAUUUCUCAUGAAAAUUCUCCAGAGGUUGGGUCAGCAGGUGAUGCCCCACAGAUGUCCACCAAUGAAGUAGCUCAAACUAUGAAUGAUGAGGCCACUGGAGAGUCUGUGACAGUUAAUGCAACCAUCUUACAACCAGUCGCAAGUUUUUCUAACACCAUGCCAACACCAUGCAGAACAAACACUGCUGUUGUGGGCUCGUCCUCCACGCUACCUUCUGGCAGUGUAUCCGUGGGCCAGCCCAUGAGCCUGCAGCAGGAAUUUUCUUUGCUUAAUACUUCCCUUGAUAACAGUCAAGUAAACUCCGUGGAGGUGGUGGGUGGAGGAGCCAAGAUACUGGCUGAUGCAGGGGAUAGAACUCAAGGUCAACAAGUCACCAAGCCUGCAGGUGAAGAAGGCAUUCUGGAGACUCGUUUGGAAAAUAUUGCUUGUGAAGAGACCAGAUCACAUGAUGGGGAUGGUAGUGGUUUGGUUACUGCAGUAGAGAACUUGGAGCAGGAUUUAAAAAUCAGUAAUUUAGACAUGUGUCAUAUCAACCUUAUGGACAAUAAAAAAAGUGUUUUUGAUGUAUAUAAUGAGGAUAUCAUAAGUUGCCAUGUAAAACCUGUGGCAAGCCUAAACAACGAACUCGGAGAUUUUCAACGAGGCAUCACCUGUGACGUGACACGCCAAUUAGCAUUAAAGAAAACUAGCAAUGAAAUUAAACCUUUACCAACAAGUUAUUUUACAGGAUUGGAAACUUCAAAUCAUGAUUUAAUUUCAAAAGUUAACUUUGAUACUAGUAGUAUGUGUAUCAUAAAAGUCAAAUCUUUGACCAAUUACCCUGAGCUUAAAAGUCACGAGGAGGAGCAGAGAGAUUAUGCCAACAAGGAAGAAUCUCCUGUGAGAAUUUCUGUGAAUAGUGAAGGAGGUAACCAGUUUCCAAUACAGCCAGCAACCCAGGAUAGCGAAUCCCUCGUCUUAAUGCCGGGUGAUCUUGAAGCUUCUUUGUUGAGAGAAACAAGAGAACAUGAUUCAUCAAACUCUUCUGGAGUAUCUAUCAUAAGUUUGUCACCUGAAGCUCCAUCAGUACUUGAGACAGAGAUAGAGAAGCGUCUAUGUCAGGUGACGGCAAAGCACAGGAGCCAUACAGUGGCACUCACAAUAAACUUCCCGCUCACUUACCCACGGCAACACACACCAAUUUUCAGAUUCUCAUAUGGGACCACCAUUGAUUAUGCGUGUAAGACAGAACUUUUAAAAGUUUUGAAAAACACAGCUAGCCAGUACCAGCGGAAACGUAAGGCCUGCCUGGAGCCCUGCAUUCGUGUUUUUGUGAUUCAGUUGAAACUAUUACUGGGGGAUGAUAGAAUGAACUCUGUUGACCCACAGUUAGGCAGUGGAUACCCUGGUCAAGUUUAUGGAAGCUAUCAGGAUCACAGAGUUCCUUUCCCACGGACAUCGGGUGCUAGAUUCUCCAGUGCAGGGAUUUUGGUUUGUUUUGCACGACCAACAUUUAUGAAGAAAGGAUCUUCUCGUACUGAAUCAGCAACACCACGGUCCCUGUCUGCCCUUGGUGCAUACAUUACUAACUUUAUGCCUCAGAUAUCUGGCACAGUGCCAACCUCCCCAAAGUACAACUACAUGUAUCCUGCCAUUAGUCACAGUCCAUCUGCAGAACAAAGCAUCUCGAUUUCUAACUAUUAUUAUCAAGAUAAGAAAGUCAAGAGUAAACGUGGGAAAAAUGAGGAGGAAGCAGGACGAUCAUUUAAGGCAGGGAGUGUCUUAAUAUAUGACGUUAAAUCCUUGAUGCCCUUCUCAAAAGAUCUUGGAGCAUCUUACGUGCUAGAUGAAAAUGAUAUAGUGGGCACAUGCACACGCAACAGGGAUGCAGCUGCUGCUGUUAGUCGAAAAGAUCUUGUUCAGGUGUGGUCCCUAGCAGCAGCUACAGCUUCACUUGGUUCUGACUCGAGUACAAAUGCAUCAGAUUACACGGACUCCCCUUGGACACAUCACCCUUUUGCCCGCAAGCUUAUCAACUCCAUUCUGGAUCACUACCUUACCCUGAAUGAUGUGCAGACUGCAACAAUGCUUUGCUGUGUUUUUGGCACAAAGACAGAACCUCAGAAUACAGCUUACAUGCGGAAGGGCCGUACAGAGUCUAAUAGUCAUAUUGCAGAAUAUGGUUCUCUGAAGCGAAACCAGAGACAAUCGUCAGUUUGGGCUAAGUUGGACCGUCUUAGCCUUCUUCGGGGUGGUAAGACAGGAGGAUCACCAUACAACACCAUCCAUUGUCUGAGCUUGGAAGGUUGGGACACAUGCACGGUGAGGCACAACAGAUCCAACUCUGAAGGAUCACUGUCAGAAGCUGCAAGACCUUCUCAAGAGGUAGACUUACCAGCCCUGGAGUCAACUGACACACUCCAGAAAACUUCAGCCAGAUUUUUGGACUGCAAUAGAAGUCAGCAGUUUGACGAGAUGAAGCGAGCAUAUGCAGACAUUCUUUACCGUUGGGGUCUACUUCAGCAGCGAGCGAUGAUCUUGAAGUAUCUGCAAGUCCAGCCACCAGCUCAUAAAGGAGUGGAGUUCCAGACUGACUGUGUUCAUUGUGGUCAGUCUGCCAAAGGACCGCAGUGUCUCUACUGUCGACGUUUUUCCUUCAGCUGUGCAAUAUGCCAUGUUGCUGUAAAAGGAGCCAGCAAUUUCUGCGUUGUGUGCGGUCAUGGUGGUCAUGCAUACCAUUUGUUGGAGUGGUUUCGUGACCACAACGAGUGUCCUACUGGUUGUGGUUGUGACUGUAUUGAUGAAAUGGAUAAUCUCUUCAGAUGAACAACUUCCUAAUUUGAAGAAAGAUGUCGCUGAAAAUAUUUUUUUCAAUUACUUCAACUUUUUUCAGUGUUAUUUACCCUAUGUAUUCCUUCUUUUUAAUAAUGAGGUUCCUAAUAGUCACCAUGAUUAUCUUUUUUAAUGGCAUUUAUAUUGAACAAUUAUGAUGCCAAAUUUUACCAUUGUUUAAGUUAGCAGAGAGAUGGUUUGAUUUUCCAUUAUUUAAAGUAAAGUUAUAAUUUAUGCAUUCAUUCACUCCAGUCUUUUGGCCUACACAAAAUACCCAGUACAGUACAGCAUGUCUUGUGGCAAAGAUACACUAGUGUGAUGUCUACUGAAGUCAGCUUAACCUUACAAUGUUUUGUACAUGUCUUAUCUUUUGAAAGUGAAUGAAUCAGAACUACUGAUAAGAUUUAUAAAGGAAUAAAUGUG